AUGAGCACUGUUCUCAGUAUUGCCAUAGCACCUCCGGCCAACAGCGCCCUCGGCCACGAUGGCUUUUUCUUCAGCCGCAUCGCGAAUUCCCCCGCAUAUAUCAACACAAAUAGAGCUCUCGGUGCUGUGUUCGACGCAGGCCACAACGUACCUGAACGGCCAGAAACGACUCCGACUAGUCCCCCCAGCUCGAGAUCUCAAAACGCAGGACCAGGUUCGACGUCAGAUGCAGCCACCAACAAGACUCUGCUCAACGAGGAAGCCAUUGGUUUUGUGUCACGCCAGUAG